CAAGGUCAUGAACUCGAUUGCCAGCGAGAGUAAUUGCUGAGGGGAAAUUGUUGGCCAUGUGUGCAUCAAUUGUCCCCUAGCAAAGGCUAUGUGGGCCAAGUCACAAUUGAAUAUCGUGGACGCUUGUGUGUGCUGAAUGUACUACAAGGGUAGGUCGGGGCCUUGAGGGAGGAAGCUAAGAAAGAAGAACGUAACCAACCCCGGCCGGUGACAUCUCCCGCCGGAGAUGAACUUUCCGAUCCCAUUUCCCGAUGAGGAUUCCCAUCAAGCUAAACAGGGGACUCCGUUCGAAUUUGGGCUUCUAGUCUUCAUCUACGCCACAGUUCUGGGGGUGAUGUUGAUGGUGAUAGCACUGAUGGUGAAGCUGAUGGGGUUCUGCGACGGCGCGGCGGCGGCGGAGGAGGAGGAGAGUAGCAGGUUGCUGUCGAAGGAGGCGGCGUGGAUGGCGUACGGAGUGUUCGACGACGACGAAGAAGAAGAAGCAGACGUGGAGUCGGCGGCGCCGCCCAGCCGGGGCAGUUCGAGUGAGGAUUUGUUCGUCGGAAAAGUGUGCGCCAUAUGCUACGACAAGAGACGGCGUUGGCUUUUCUUCCCGUGUGGUCACUGCGCCACCUGCUCUUCAUGUACCAAAAGGAUUAUGGAAGGAAAAGCAAAGACUUGCCCCUUUUGCCGGGGAUUUAUCCACAAUGUUUCAAGAUUUCUAAACCGCCGGUGAAAUUAGGCGGGGCAAAGGGCUCCUCUCUAUUUCAUGAUGAUUUCCUAAAUCCUAAGGAAUAAUGUGAAAUUGAUAAUUAACAUUCAUUUUUAGGUCUGGAAUGUGAUCAUGUUUUCUUGUUAUGACUAGAUAGAGAGGGACCUUUCUGUAAAUAAUUUCAUUCUAUGCCUCCCUUUUUAGGUUCUAAUCUACUCGUCUUUCAAUAGUAGAUAUGGGGUACUAGCUAGCCCUCACCU